AGACAUUGUAAUGAAACUAAUCUGAAAUCGACGCCAAUAACACUGCCAAAAGCUGCAUUCAUUUCUUUCAGUUUCAGCUGAACUGUCAUUAAAGUUUUAAAUCUUUAUUAACUCCAAAAAGUAUCAUAUGAAAAAUAAUAGGGCGUAUGUAUAUGUGUGAUAUAGUAAUGAUAAAUUAGCAAACGCUUAAUAUAAAGUAAAUAUAUUUAAAUUGAGUCUAAUUUACACAUUUUGUGUCAAUUUUUAUUUUUUUUUCUAUGGUACAUACUGAAUCUAAUCACUACUAAUAAAAUAUUAAUAAUCAGAUUCUCGGUCAGUCACUCACACUGACAGCGACUGACCCGCCUCAGUGUCUGCUAGGCAGAGACUCUAGCCUAACCAUAGACUAUAGUGGCUAUAGCCUAUAGCCUAUACUAGUCAACAGCCUACUACCACUAGUUAGUAGUACUAGUGACUAGUACUAGUCAACAGCCUACUAAGUACAAAUUACAAAUACUCAACCAACACCUUUUCAUUUUCACUUUUCAUGUGGCCUUUUUGUACAGUGAACAGAUGUUCCGGUUUCCCGGGGAAUAUCCUUGAGUCCUUAUUAGUAAUAUUUUUGCAUCACCUUCCCUGCAUUCCAAUAGUUCAGGAAAUGCCCCAGCCUGUGAUGUUUCCUGUUGAACUGCCUACUUUUCCCUAGACCUAGACAGGGAUAAAUGCUCCCACUGUAUCAUACCAUACUGUAUGUACUGUAAGAUUAUUUUUCUCUGAUUAAAACAUGUUGACACCAGAUAAAUCGCAACUGAAAGUCAAUACUCAUUACAAAUAAAACAUUCAUAAUACAUAUGCUGGUUGUCAAAUGCAAUUUUUAAGUGAUUCUUGUGACAAGUUUUAUGACUAGUUUAGCCUUGCCAUGACCAACUGUUUCACCAUACCCUUGAAGUGUAAACCAGUGGAACUGUCUGCCGCUUGCCAAAUAUAAAUUAUAAAACUAAAACAGGAAUUUUGUUUUUUCAACACCCUGCACAGGACAGGUUUCUCUGUCUUUAUUAGAAAUAGUGAGCUGAAAUUUGGCACUUAUGUAACUAAUUCUAUUUACUUUGAUAUCAUGUGAGCAUUUUAUUGUAAAUCUUGUUCGCUUCUGUUUACUUUGAUCUCAUGAGAGCAUUUCAUUGUAUAUCUAACAGUCAAAUUGUAUACCGUAUAUGUUUGCAAUUAUUUUUCAUGACCUUCAAGGAUCAAAGGCAUUUUUUUUACAUGGGAAUGAUCUCCAAGAGUUAUCAAUAAUAUCAAUAUCAUACAGACCAGCUGCACCAAGUUUCAUUGUUGUAAUUUCAUGAGUUAAGAUAAUUCUAAAUUAUGAUUUGAAAAUUCUUUUUAUAUGUUCAUAAAAUUAUUCAACAAAAGUUUAUUAUAAUUUUUUGGCCUUUGGUUUUUAAGAUACCAGCAUUAAAACCCAAAUGUGCAACAACCAAAUAAACAAAUAUCACUUAAAUAUUUUAAUUUAAGUAAUUAGUUUUCAACCUGUGAGCCCCACUUAACUGAGAAUCUUGUUUUUAAGGUAUGUAACAAUAUUUGAAGAAGUGAAGUAGGGCUUAUUUAAAGUUUAUAUGAACUUUUUAAUUAGCAUGUGAGGAUUAACAAAAGAGGAUUAUGAUAUAAAUUUGAUUAAAAUUCUCAGUCAGUUUGUGAAUAAGGGUCAUCCCUAAUUGGGAAAAAAAAAAGUUGAGGGGGGUGGUGUGUGUGUGAAAAUCAUCCAAAAUAGCAUAAAGUCAUAUAUGGAUAGCCCCAUACUAUAAAAUGGAAACAUUAAAUACCCAGUAAUUAAGUACAUCUUAACUUGAUCAACUAUGAACAGUCAUUACAACCAAUGAGUCAGGGAAUAAAUGUUUCAAAUGUAUGUAGUCUUCACUAAUAAUAAUGUUCUCAGCUGCUUGCCCCCCGAAUAUUUUCUUUUAUGUGUUACUUGGACUUUGACACUGUUUUAAAAUAAUGUUUGUCAUUGAAUCUGAUGUGUACAAAAUAGAUCAUUAGUUUAAUGGAAAACUGUCACUACAAUUCAUUUGUUUAGACAUUUAAAAAUAUUUCUCUGACAGAUUUUUGUUGCCAGUAUGAAGCACACCUACUGAAUAUAAACACAAAGACUUUUACCAAUUUAUUAACAUAAUAUGUGAAAAAUUGUUGUCAGUUUUGGCCUACUUACCAUACCGUUGGUCAAGAAAUGACAUGUGAUUGCACUAUAAACACAAAGCAGAAGCUAAGUUUUCAUACAAUCAGUUACAUCAAAGCUUUUAUCUCUAGCAUUGUUGAUGGCAAGCAGUUCUGUGGUUUUAAUUAUGUAUCAGGCGUGAAAUCUAAACUUUGAAUUCGGAAGAUAAUGUUGCGGUUAAAUCCUCACAUUUUGAGAAUACUACAAAAUGAAUUUCCACAACAUGUGGGACCAGAUGCAUCAAAGUUCAGCAUCCUGAAGGAGUGCCAUCGUGCUCUAUCCACAACACCAUUCUUGAGCAGCUUAGAUGGCAAAACCGGAUUACCGAGCCAAACUCGGGUCGUCAUUUGUGGUGGUGGGAUACUUGGUUCUUCUGUUGCCUACCAUUUGGCUCAGAGGGGAUGGACUGAUGUCGUUAUUUUGGAACAAGGAAGGUAAUAUUAAAACCAAUCGAUUGCUCUUAUUUUCCAGUAACAUUAUAAAUUUUAAUUUUAAAUCCACCUUUCAUAUAAUCAUGUAGUCUAUAUAAUAUUAGAGAUAAUAUUCGUAAUAUCUUUAUCACAAGAAAUUUAUUUAUUUAUGUAUAAUAUUUUUUAUAAUUAAUUUUAAUGAGAAAAAUGACUUUACAUGUAUGUAAUAGUAAAGUAAAUUUUGAUUGGAAAAUACGGAAGCAAGUAGAAUAAAUUGUUUUCUUUAUCUGUAACUGUAAGAAAAGCUCCAAAAAAGUCUGUCUCAAUGUUGCCACUCCAACCAAAUGUAGAUAGAAAAGCUGCAAGUUUUAUGUCCAAAAGUUACAACAAUAAAAAUUAAAAUACAACCCAUAAGACAUUUUCCCACGUUUUAUGGAUGUCCACUGCUGUUUUGUUGGACAAAACCAUUUUUAUAUAUUGGUAUCAAAAUCAAUUUGAUCUUGUCCACAAAGUACUGACCCGUGAUAUAACCACUUUAAUGUGUUGUAAGAUUUUUUUUAUAAUUUUGAAAACUUAUGGAUUAGGUGAACGACUUAAAUGCUGGAAAAACAUCCUGAUGGUGGUGGCCUUGCUUCAGCUUGCAAUCCUAUUAGAGCCGCAUCCAUAUUUAAUAUUCACCUUCAUGCCUUAUCACAUUUGUGACAGCUGGUGUUUUCAAAACACAGGCUGACUUGUGGCACGACAUGGCACUCUGCCGGCCUCAUAGGUCAAGUACGAACCAGUGCAACAGAGAUGAAAAUAUUGAACUACAGCAAGAGGCUUUACGAGAGUUUGCAAAAAGACGGUCAUGACAUCGGUAAGAGUUUUACCUGGCUAGGUAUAAAAAAAUUGAAUGAAGUUACAUUACAAAAUCAUAACAUAAUACAUUUUUAUGCGUACGCAAAAUAUCUUUUUUGACAAACAAUAUAAAGUUUAAAUUAAAAAGACCUUAACUUAUAGAGCUGGAAGCAGUGUUAAGUCCCAGAUGAAACUGCAAGUUGGUAGUGGACUAAUUAGAGCGGGUAAGGAAAUAAAGCCUACUCUGAAUGUAUUUCUUUCAACAAACCUUGGCCCAUUCUUCCUUUCAUUAUCUCCACAGGUUGGAAACAGACUGGAAGCAUCAGUGUGGCACGCACGAAAGAGAGGCUGGUUGAAUUCAAGAGGAAACAUGCCACUGCCAAGUUAGUACUGAUCCACGUCAUGAAUUCAGCAAGCUCUUCACAAUUUUCCUUAUGAUAUGUUUGAAGAUGUUUGAAUUAUUAACAUUACAUUUAAAUUUCCUUGUUAAUAUAAGACAGUUUUAUUUUUAUAUUAAGGUUAAUUAUUAAUUUAAUUUAUUUUGUUUUUUUUUGUUUAAAGUAAAUCAAUGAAGAUAAAGUAUAUUUAUUUCAGGACUGUAGGAGUAGAAACACAUCUUAUGUCACCAAUAGAAGCAAAGAAACAUUGCCCAAUAUUAUUUACAGACGAUCUUGUGGUCAGUUAUGUUCUGUUUCCUUUGUUUUCAUUGUUCCAAAAUUUUAACAGUGCUCUAUUUUCACGUAUUUUUUCUUGGAUGUGUUCAUUAUUAAACAAAAUUUACUCAGACGAUGAGAACAUUUCUUUAUUAAGUCAUUUAAAUUGAUUCAUCUUUGUCCCCAUGAUUAUCUUUGGGUUUUUUUGUCCGCCCCCCCCCCCACAACACCAGGGUGCCAUGUGGAUACCGCAAGAUGGUGUGGUCAAUGCUCAAGCAUUGUCUCAAACUUUAGCCAAGUGGGCAGUUUCAAAAGGUAAGUGCAUCUACAAUAUUAAUGAACUUUCCUAGUGCAAAAAUUUCACACCGAAUCAAAAUCUUGAGCUGACCAAAAAUGAUAAAACAAAGUUGUUUGUUUUUUUUUAAUUGAACCCUUAAAAGCACUAUUUUAAUGUGUACAAAUCAUUGGAAAUUUCAAUAUGACAAAAACCUAAUUGAAUGCAGUGUGGUGUCACCUGGUAAAAAUUAUAUCAUUGUGAUCUAGUUUUAAUUGAUAAAAUUUGUAAAUCUGGGGUGGGGAAGGCCAUGGGUUGUUCUGAAUGGAAGGAUGUGGCGGAGGAGGCCAGGGCCCUACAUGGGCUGUAGCGCCACUGAUGAUGAUGUCUGAAUGGAAGGAUGUGGUGGAGGAGGCCAGGGCCCUACAUGGGAUGUAGCACCACUGAUGAUGAUGAUGGGGGUGGGGAAGGUCUUUGUACUGGUUUUUCACUCCUGUAAUUUGUCAUUUAGAGAAUGUAAUUGUAUCACCUGACUUUUGUCAUUGUGUUAUUCUAAAAGUAAAUAAAUAUAUUUUGUUAACUUGGUCAAAUCCUGAUUUGUAGGUGUCAGGGUCUAUGAGGGUGUUGGUGUGACAAAGGUUGUAACAUCAAAAGGGGAAGUCACCGAUGUGAAGACUACUGCUGGGGACAUCAAAUGUGAAUACUUUAUCAACUGUGCGGGGCAGGUGAUGUGAUUAUGUCUUUUGCUUGUCUAGAUUUAAAGCUUAUUGAUAUUUUCAAACAAUUUUUAAAAAUAUAGUUCUUUUCAGGGUUCAUACAAUGACAGUGGUCUUUAAUUCCUGUGAUAAAGCACUCUUAGUGCAGUGGUUCCUUUUACUUUUUACUUGUUGGGCCCUUUCUAGAAUUAAUUACUUUGUGAGAGUUGCUCCAGCCUGCCCUGUGUCUUACAAGUUGAUGGUGUUAUUUUAUUUCCUGGCACAGCCCCUGAGAAUUGAACGUGGAGCACAGCCUGGGGACCACUGGCUAGUGAUAUAGUCUGUAUUAUUCUUAAACUGUUAGUUUUAGAGUGCUUGAGACCUCACCCAGAUUUUACGUAGAGACCUCACCCAGGUUUAUUGUAGAGACCUUACCCAGAUUUAUUGUAGAGACCUCAGCCUGGUUUAUUAUAGAGACUUAUCCAGAUUUUCUCAAUGCCAUCUUGAAGCCACAUACAAUCAUCCUUUUUUUUAUAUGGCUCUCCCCCAUUAAGCAUUACGUUUUUGUGGUUGUUUCUUGCAGUGGGCCAGAACAGUUGGUAAGAUGACUCACCCAAAGACAGUGAAGGCUCCACUGCAUUCUUGUGAACAUUACUACCUGCUGACCAAGCCGCAGGACGGGAUACACACCAUGAUGCCAGGCCAGUGAAAACCCUUUAUGUGACUUCUCUCGUUUUAGUACAGUGCAGAAUCUUAACUGCCCUCAACACUGAAUGUUAUAAAUGUUGGGCUUAAAAUUAUCCAUGUGUACAAUUGAUAAAAACACUUAUGAAAACUAUUAAAAUGGUUGUUUCUUUACAUGUUUAAACAAUGAGAUUUGGGAUUUCGUAUUACAGAAUCAAGGUUGUAGUUACUAAAUGUCAGGUUUUUUCCAAAGUGUAAUUGUUACAACCUAGUGAUUUUUGGCAGAAAAUUUUACACACACACACAUUGUGUUAUUGUGAGAUGGUUUACACAAUGAUAACCUAAACAAUGAACUGCAGUGAAGAAUAUUACUUGAUCAACAUUUACCAUUCAUUUCUCAUGUCUUGAAUGAGAUCCUUAUACAUAGCUGAAUGUAAAUUUAAAAAAUCCUGUCUUAUCUUAUCAGUGGUGAGAGAUUAUGACGGACAGGUCUACUUUCGAGAGUGGGGUGGUGGGAUGUUGGCCGGAGGCUUUGAGAGCAACGCCAAGACUGUUUUUCACAAGGGAAUUCCCGAAAAGUUUGAGUUCCAGCUGCUACAUGAGGACUGGGACCAUUUUCGUGAGUUACCUACUGCUUCUGUUUUCUAGGCUCAAAACCAGUGAGCUCAGGUAAUAUUUAAAUUAAUGCCACAGGAAGCAAACGCAGACUUUUUUUUGUUUUAUUGGCCCAUCCCCUCAAGUGAUUUCUUUCAAUGUAUGUGAGCAUGUCUCGUGGCAUGAACAUUGACUUUUGUAACAUCUUCUAGAAAUUCUCCUGGACAACAUACUGCACCGCAUGCCCAUUCUGUCCACUGCUGAGGUUCACCAGCUGGUCAAUGGACCUGAGAGCUUCACACCUGAUUCGAAAUGGCUGUUGGGAAAAUCUCCCAAGGUCAGCGAAAGCCUUUUUUUAUACUGGCCUGAGUGUAUUGAGCAAGUCCCUAUUUUACCAAAUAUUUAAUAACAGUUUAAUGUGACAAAACAAAACUAUUGCUGAGUCAUGAAAUAGAGAUUCAGCUUACCCGAUCUCACAAAUGAACUAUACCACUGCAAUCAGGAGGAUCUCUUUAGCCAAUUCUUAUUUACUAUCGUUUUAAAGUGACACCUCCUUUAAAUAAUGAAAGUUUUUCUAUAUAACCAUACAAUUUUGUUCCACUUUCAAAGCAUAAGCUUUAUUUUAUGAGGUAACUCAUCAGACUCAGGGCUGUUUCUGGUGAGAGUAGGUGAUGGAAGAGACAAAAGACUCUGUGAAUUUUAGUUUGUAAAACUCCCACUUGAGUUUUUGUAUUUUAUGUUGGAAUUUGAUUGCUCUAAAAUCUUUUACAUAUGUGUGCAUAUCCUUAAGGAAUGAGGAAGAAAAAAGGAAAGGUUGUGUGGCAUAAAAAAAAAAUGCUACUUUUAAAAGUUAAAAAUCACAAUUUACAUACUUUAACAUACCGGUAAUAAAAAUGUGUCGUCUUUUUGUGGGGCUGCUUAUUGUACAUGUAGCACAAGGGAAGAAAACUAAUAAAAUUAUCCCCAUGUAAAUAAAUGGUGCAUCAUGUCAAUACAUGUCAUUUUAAUUAGAAAACAAUUGUAUGUGACAGAUAAAGAACUAUUACAUUGCUGCCGGUAUGAAUUCCAACGGGAUAGCUGCAGCCGGUGGUGCGGGGAGACACAUUGCCGAGUGGAUUGUGGAUGGGGAGACGAGUCUGAACCUGUGGCCCUACGACGUCAGGAGGUUCGUGCGCCUCCACAACAACAAAAAGUUUCUACGAGACAGAAUGUCCGAGGCAUUGGGUAUGUCCUUUUUUUUUUUUUUAAGUCAAUGUUUAAAUCAAUGGAUUUUCGUCGGCCAAUAUAAUAACCCUGACAAAUGUACAGCCUAAAAGCUGAAUUUUAUAAAAAAAAACUAAAUGUCUUGCACUCAAACUUUUAGUAAUGUUUUAAUCUACAAUCAUAAGGGCUGGUAACAUUUAAAUAAUAAUUGUUUACAAAAUGUGUUCAUUCUUCUUUUCAUCUAAUAUAUUACAGACACAGUUUGUUUAGAAAUGUUACUUGAUUUGACAUCAAAAGAUUGUUGCUAGAUUUGACAUCAAAUGAUUGUUGCUAGAUUAGACAUCAAAGGAUUGUUGCUAGAUUUGACAUCAAAUGAUUGUUGCUAGAUUUGACAUCAAAUGAUUGUUGCUAGAUUUGACAUCAAAGGAUUGUUGCUAAAUUUGACAUCAAAGGAUUGUUGCUAGAUUUGACAUCAAAAGAUUGUUGCUAGAUUUGACAUCAAAUGAUUGUUGCUAGAUUUGACAUCAAAGGAUUGUUGCUAGAUUUGACAUCAAAUGAUUGUUGCUAGAUUUGACAUCAAAUGAUUGUUGCUAGAUUUGACAUUAAAGGAUUGUUGCUAGAUUUGACAUCAAAGGAUUGUUGCUAGAUUUGACAUCAAAUGAUUGUUGCUAGAUUUGACAUCAAAUGAUUGUUGCUAGAUUUGACAUCAAAUAAUUGUUGCUAGAUUUGACAUCAAAUGAUUGUGACUAGAUUUGACAUCAAAUGAUUUUUGCUAGAUUUGACAUCAAAUGAUUGUUGCUAGAUUUGACAUCAAAUGAUCUUUUUCUUUUAUUCCUCUGGUCACACACAUUUAAACAUCUGUAUAUUUUUUUGUUGCAGCAAACCAUUAUCUCCUGAGGUACCCAAGAGAAGAAUACAAAACGGGGCGGAAACUUCGCUGCUCUCCCCUGCAUACUCGGCUAGAGGUGGCUGGGGCCGUGUUUGGUGAAACCAUGGCCUACGAGAGGGCCAUGUACUUCACUAACAAUGAAGGUCAGUUGCCCCGGGGAAAUGCCUGAUUUGGAGUUUAGUUGAGAGAAGCACAAUACGCUAUAGAAAUAAACUCUCCAAUGUGGUCAUCUUUGUCAUGUAGAUAAAUUUUAUUUAUUUCAUUCCUUUUUUUUAAACCUAGGACUUAAUCAUGCAAGUCAGUUCCCCCAGAUAUGAGUUUUUUUUACAUGAAAUUGAAUUUUUAUUUCCUCUCUUUAGCUAGUAAUUUGCAAACACUGCAUUCCUAUCAAUAUAUUUGCUUGCCAGAUAAUUUAAUUGGUAGAGAGAUGGGGGCCCACUGGUCUUGGACCAAGCCUGGCUGGUUUGAGUACGUGCAAGAGGAGUACUGGGCUUGCAAGGAGCGGGUUUGUCUGAUGGACAUGUCUUCUUUUGCCAAAUUUGAAGUCAGGGUAGGUCACUCUAGAAGAACACGCUAAUGCCUUUGCCCGGAGUUACCUUAAAUGAGUUUUUACAGAAAAUUUUGCCUCUCAUGAUUGAUAAUAAUUCUCAUUCAAAGCCUGACACAUGAUUAUUAUAUUCUGUCAUUCAAGUCAAAUGUAGUUCUUUAGAAGAGUUAAAAUCAACUUACCAAGUAUCAUCAUGCAAGAUAAUCAAAUUAGUGAUUCUAGCCACUGCCUUUUGUCUUAUGACUAUAUAUUAUGGUAUAAUUCAAUGCAGUUUAUACAUAAAAUAAUGUCCCCAAUAACUUAAUUUUUAAAAUUGUAUGUUGAAUUUACUAAUACAUAUCUUAAGGGGAGGUGCGGGUGAGGAAUCGGCGAAAAUGGCAAAUUUUGAAUAUUUUUUUUUUAUUGUUUAUUUAGUUUUAUUAACCAUUUCUUUAUUAAAUUUUUAUAUUUGUUUUUACAAAAGUAAGCUAGAAAAUAUAAUAAAUUACCAUUUUCUUGACCCUAUCUAUCAGAAAAAUGUCAAAAUUGCACUAUUUUUAGUGUUUUUACCCCUUUGUUAUGAAUAUUUGAAUCGCCCAAUCCCUAUGUAUUUGGUAUGGUUGGAAAGAUGGCGAUUUCCGGGUCAAGAUAAAUAUAGCUUACGGUCACAAGGAAAUUUACAAAAGCAACCGAACCUUUCGAUCGCCGGCAAUGUCUAGCAAAAUGUGGUUAUGUUCCUGUCCUACUUCGUGUAUCACGUGACCUUUGAAUAAAGCGAGCAUUUUGAUUGGUUCCUGUGUAGGAAAUCUGUUCGUAAAGUUCACUUCCGGUAUAAACAACCCUUUGUUGAAUUCGUGAGGCCUAGCAAUUUUGAUAUGUAAUUUGUCGGUAAUAAAAACAUGCGGGGAGCUAUAAAAACCACUAAAUAAGUAAAUAACCAAACAAAAUGUGUUGGCUUUGAUUAAUUGCCAUGAUAAACACGAUUAAUUCUUCCCCUUUUCUGAGAAGACUAAGACUGAGUAAACUAACUACUAAGCCUACUCCUAGUGCGAGUCGCUUCAAGUUCACGCAUCGCUACGCUACUUCACUAGCAGGAAAAAUAGAAAAAUACCAUGCAUUGGUAAGUCUGAAAGAUAAAAUCUAUUUUUCACUUAUAUUCAAAUUUAAAGUACGGUAUCAAUUAUUCAUAAGGCUAAGCCUAUACUGUACUCACUAAAGACCAUUGAAUGAAGGCUAUUGCCUAUGGCUAUACAUUAUUAUUCUUAUACUUUUUUAUUAUUAGUUAUAAACACUGUUAGUUUAGUGAUAGUGAACUGUAGUAAAAAUAAAACUUAUAAGUAUAAGUUAUUUAUGAAUUUAGUAAUUGUGACAUUUGACUUACACUGUCCUAUAUUUAUAGCUAUUAAAAUGGUAAUAUAUUAAAAUUCUCAUUUUUCUUAUCGCGGCACAAAUGACAUUGUCAUUAGUGUUAUAUUAUUCUAAAGUAAAAUAAGAGCCCUAACAAAUUUUGCUUGAAAUACGUGUCAACAAGUAUGACCUAUCAGUCAUUAAUGUCAUUAUAGCCUUAUAUUUUUGUUGAGAAGCAUUUAAUAAAAAAUAUCUAACUACACGUUUAUUGUUUUCAGGAAUGAUUGAGGAGACGCGCAAUGAGUUUGCCGAACACAACAAACCACAACAUGCAUUAUAUUUCCUGUUGAUAAACUACACUGACCUGUUGUGCCUAGGUCCAUUUAGCCCAAAGGAUAAUUUGCACAUGAAAAAGAAGGAGUGGCCUAAGUAUGUAUUCCCAUUGUUACAGAAUGCUCGUCGCAACAUGUGUUCGAUGCAUCGAAAUAAAAGUAACCUCAGACAGAGGAUGCAAGAGAAGACUAACACAGAUUACAUCACAAAACUCAUUAUGUGUUAUUCAAGGACCAAAAGAAUAAGACAGUAGUUGAAAGGAACAUAUCAAUAAUUCCCUUAUUUCAACAUUGUAUCUCUAUGCGAUGUGAUUUUCAACAUGGCUAGUGUUAAAAUUUGAUACAGUAACUAAUUAGAUUUUACAAUGGAGUUAUUGCUCAUGAGUUUUGGCUCACACAAAAAACUGUUAAUAUGCUUUUGGGAAAAAUACAUAUUGCAACUCAAAUGAUUCAAAAGUUGUAAGAUAGAAAUCAGAAAAUUUACAACUGUCAAUAUUCAUUCUGUCAUUAGAAAUCAUAGAACUUACAAUUUUUUUUACAAGAUUAAGAGUUGCAUUUUCAGCAAACAUGGAUAAUGCCAUAUAACUCUUUGGCAUUGCAUAUUUACAUAGCUUAAUUUUAUGGUUUGCACAAUUUUAUAAUGCUGAAAUUCUCCAAAAUAAGCAAAUUAUUAUUUUUUCGACAAAAUCAGAAUAAUAGAUAAAAAUACAUCAAUCACAGCGACAAGUUGAGUGGUCAGGAAAAAAGACCAAAGGACAUGGAAAAGGAUUAAAAAUGUCAACAAUAGGCUAAUAAAAAGUUUUUAUUCCAACCUGAGUAUAAGAUUCUUAUUUUUCAUUGAUAUGUUCAUUGUUUUUGUUGUUUUUCUUCGUUAUUUCAGUUUUCUCGUUUUCAAUAUUUUUGGUCACCAAUAUCCCUAUAACUUUUUUAUUUCUUAUCCAAACCUCACCAAAUUUUCACAGUAUGUUCAGUGACCAAUUCUUAACAUUUGACUAGCCUAGAAUUAUGAUAACUAUCUUAGAAAAGAAAAUAUGUAAAAAAGAAUUCACCCACACCCCUAUUUUUUGCAUAAAAAAUGGGGGCACAAUUUCCGACCCUGUAUAUUUAUAACUAGUUGAAACAUCAAAAAGUCCUGUUUUACAAAGUUUUAUUAUAGAUUAAAUAAUCUAUGUUUAAAAUCUGAUAGCAAUAACUUAAUAUUUGUAAAAGCCUUAGUGUUUGAAAAAACAGUUAAAAAAUAAAAAUGGCGGAGGUUUUUUAUGGGCUACAAAGGCAACCAAUGGAAUUUUUUUUUUUUUUUUAAACCUGUUUUGUACCUCCAUUACAAUACCAAAUAAGGUGUAGGUAAAAAAAAUCCUAUAUGAAGCUAAACAAAAUUUUUAGAUUUUUCACCCACACCUCCCCUUAAAACAUUGGAAAAGUUACUAAACAGUAUAAAUGAAUUUUUUUUUAAAAUUAAAAUUAGUGAUUGUUUGAUUAUUUUAAAAAAGUUAUUUCUAAAAUAACUAAAACAAGAUGACCCAAGAACUGUUAUCAUAGAAGAUACCCACCUGUCCAUAUUCAUAUCACCCAGUCUUCGAACUCCCUGGGCCUGUUACCACUCUUGUCGUAUUAAAGUCUUUACAAUUUUUAUAGAAAUUAUUUGCUAAUUUCUAGAAGUUUUUUUUUCUUCUUCAUAAAAUAUAUUUUCUUUACUUGAAUUUAUUAUCAGUCCCAAGGAGAUGAAGCCACGGCUUACUUGAACUACUUGUGUUCCAACAAAAUUGAUAAUGACAUUGGUACAAUAGUCCAUACCGGCAUGCACAACGAACAUGGCGGUUUUGAGAAUGACUGCACAGUGGCUCGCCUGGAACCUAAUCAGUAAGCUCGGCUGUUUUUUUACGCUGUUAGUCAUGCAGACCUGUUUACUCUUACGAUUUUGGCGUACAAUGUACGAUUUUGAGAUGUCUUUUACGAUUGUACGCCGAGACCCGCCAAAACUACGAUUUUCAGAGAGCCUGUGAAAAAAAAAAAAAAUUCCGAUUAAAAUUCGUUUGUUGAAGUUUUAGCCCUUUCCAAUAAAAAUCUACUGGUGAUGGGAACGAGAAAAACGAUUGGUUGUAAUUUUUUUUUAAAGUUGGGACCAUCCUUCAUUAUAUUAUGCACGCAUUGAGAGGGGAGGUGGGGGUUGUUGAUUAAGGACAUUUGUGGCAUACGGGACGCAUGGAUGGGGGAUUGGUGGGAGUGUCAAAGGCUAUAAAUAAAUAUCACCGCAAAGAAUAGUAUUCAUGGUGACGAUUGCCAUGCUGUUGCUUUGUGUGUCACAGGGAACUAGUUAGCUGCGUCACCGGUAAUAUUUAUACUAGUCGCCCUGGCAACAGCUUCACCGCCCUCCCCAUUUGACUGCCACCAAGCGUGUGACGUAGUUUUGUUCCAUUGAACCGCGACAAUUGUGAAAACGGAGAAAACUAGAGACGAGAUGGUUUUUUAAAAUAAAAUGUUCUGCACUGGAACGUUGGAUGUGGACAUAUUUUAUAAGAGCUAGUCAGCGGCAUUUAAAAACUAUUGGUAGAACUCGCAAAACCAAUCGUAAUACGACAGUUUUGUAUCACUACUUAUACUACCCCCACCCCUUUUUUAAACGGAAAAAAUCAGACGACGGCUCAAUUUUUUUCCCUAGUAAUGAAAAAAGGGGGGGGGGGGUGUCUGCCCGGGGGAAAUAAUGACGUCACCCCCACGGAAAGACGAAUUACUGGACCAUAGUGUGUUAUCACUACGCCAAUUUUACAACUACAGGGUUCUUUUUAUAAGAGCUAAUCAGCGGCAUUUAAAAACUAUUGGUAGAACUCGCAAAACCAAUCUUAAUUCGACAGUUUUGUAUCAAUACUUAUACUACCCCCACCCCUUUUUUAAACGGAAAAAAUCAGACGACGGCUCAAUUUUUUUCCCUAGUAAUGAAAAAAGGGGGGGGGGGGUGUCUGCCCGGUGGAAAUAAUGACGUCACCACCACGGAAAGACGAAUUACUGGACCAUAGUGUGUUAUCACUACGCCAAUUUUACAACUACAGGGAUCUCUUAAUGAAAGCACAAAGCAUUAGCUUAUAUGAGUAUGCCUAAAUGCUUACUGUGAAAUAUUGUAAAAAAAAUUUUAUAGCCUUAAUAAUAAUAAUAAUAAAAGGCCUAAUUUGAAUUCACUUAUUUCACAGAUUUUCAGAUGACACUUGGCUUUAUAAGAGACUGUCAGGAUAAUUAUUGUAUUCAUAAAUGUAGGUGCAGUCUAAUUGACCCCCCGCCCCCCCCCCCCCCCCCCAAAAAAAAUCUGUCGUACGCAUCCUCAGCUGGUACAUAAUACGUAAUAGUUAGAUGGCCCUUUGUUUUACGUAAUAGUUGAUAGCCCCUUGUUUUACGUAAUAGUUAGAUGGCCCAUUGUUUUACGUAAUAGUUAGAUGGCCCAUUGUUUUACGUAAUAGUUGAUAGCCCCUUGUUUUACGUAAUAGUUAGAUGGCCCAUUGUUUUACGUAAUAGUUAGAUGGCCCAUUGUUUUACGUAAUAGUUAGAUGGCCCAUUGUUUUACGUAAUAGUUAGAUGGCCCAUUGUUUUACGUAAUUAGAUGGCCCUUUGUUUUACGUUGACAAGGUGCGGCUGGUGGGGGGCGGGGGGUAUACAUAUUUUAAAAAACUUUUUAAUGUUUAUUUUGCGUACCAGGUAUGUUAUGCAUGAAUGUCCCAUUUCCCAAACAGCUUUGGCGUUCGAAUUUGGCUACAUUGACGGAUGUGCACAUUGCCUGAUUUUAAUGUUACCAUUAAUGGAAUCAGCGAUCCUUUUUAUUUUCGGUCCCCUAGUUUAGUUUACUUAGUGAGUAUUUUACGAUAUGGCCUCGACAAAAAGAAAGGCACGCGAAACCGAUGACGAAGAAGAAACUUCUACUUCUACCGAUAAAAAUCAGCUUCAACAAAAGAUAAAUAAAGUGUAUAUUCUUGCUUGGAUGUAAGACACAAUAUACUAUGCCGCGGUCUUCAUAGAAGGGCCCAUCAUACGCGCACUGCACAUUCUGCAAGUCAGACUUUUCAGUAGCAACCAGAGCCAAAAUGAGUGGUGUGGAUUUAGGAGAUAGUGUCUAAAUAUUUAAAUCUAUACAAUCAACUCCGCCACCUACAUUUUCGUAAUGUCAGUUUAAGGGGUGGGGUGGGGAGGAUAUUCCUCGGCAAAAAGUACAUGCGGUAUUUAAAAAUACUACACUAUUCAUCCCGAAACUCUGAAAGUCCUAAAAUAGCACAUUUAUAUUUCGAAUGCUGUAAAAUACCAGACAAAAUUUAGCAGGAAUUUUCGUCGUGAUGUUGUCAAGAUGUAUUUUCAUAAAUGAACUCGCUAGCUAUACCUAAACUCAUUAGUAAAGAAAUUACAGUAAUGUUUAGUCCACCGAAUGGUAAGGCCACGUGUUACGUAUAAUUCGGUGGGCAACGCCAGUGGUUCUAAAAUUUUCGUUUCCCUGCGCCUAUGUCACACUAAGUGUUUGUCGAAUUCUAAACAUGUACAAUUCGAAAUAGUGAAUACACCAAUAAAAUAAGGGUUGGAUCAAAAAUAAAUAUAACGUGUAUGUAGGUCACUGAGCGCCAUCUGGAACUGCAAACAGCAAUUGCUUAGUGGGUUACUGCUUGCACCACGACCGGAAGUUGUCACAUUGGUUUAAAAGUGAAAAUAAAAUAAUGAAUUUUUAAAAAAUAUUUCGCAACGCCCCGAUGAGGAAGCCGCAGCCACCCCCUUGCCCGAGCACCCAGGGCGAUGUGGCGUUUAUUCUGGGAACCACUGGGUUGGCCGAAUCACCCGUGGUGAAAACCCAUGUCACAUUUUGUUUACUGUAACAUCAUGAUAUACAGCGGAUUUUGUUAAGUUUAUGGGGGGGGGGGGCUGCUUGUGUUUUAAAGCUCACUGUACCGUACACACAAAAAAAGGUGGGGGGGGGGGGGGGGGUCCCAAUUUGUUACCGGGUAAUUCAUUCUUAUUUUAAUACUUUUUAUUUUAUGCUUUUCUGAAGUCAAGUUUGAACUUUCACCGGUGUUUUUAUUUUAAAGCUCACUGUACCGUACACACACAAAAAAGGGGUGGGGGGGGGGGCCUCAAUUUGUUACCGGGUAAUUAAUUCUUAUUUUAAUACAUUUUAUUUUAUGCUUAUCUGAAGUCAAGUUUGAACUUUCACCAGUGAUUUUAUUUUGACCUGUGACAGACUGGGAUAAUGUGAUCAGCACGUUAACCCAAAUAUUAAUUGAUAUGUAUUAGCCGAUACACGUCUGCAAAACAAAGUGACCGCAGUUAACAGCUAACGUCAGUCAUCUACUGUUUACCUACAGUUCCAUAUUUUGACGCCAGCUUUAACUCGAUUCCACUGAACAUGCUAUAGGAGUAGUUAUUGUAUACAUUAUAUAUACAUGUACGGUAUUUUAUUUAUUUACUACCAAAAUACUGCAAAGUACGAUUUUGAGAGGAUAUUGUACGAUUUUAGGAGUUUGGGGGUAAACAGGUCUGGUCAUGGAAAUAUUUAAAUAAACUAAUCAUCACUGUCAACUUAUAUGUUGUUAAAGAUUAAUUAUCUGCUUUACUUAUUGUGACACAUCUUACGUCCCCACCCGUAUAAAUAUUUGCUUUCUGCCCCGCACCACAGUUAACUCAGCUUCAACGUCAUCAUGACUGUCAUGUUAAGUCCAGUAAGAGAAGCAGCAUAUGUGUGAUGGCGCUGUAUGUGAAGUGAAGAAUAUUACAACAUUCAUUGUUUUGUUGUAUCUAUAAUUCAUUCCAGCUACUACAUUAUCUGCCCUGCAACCCAACAAACCCGAGGCAUCGCCUGGCUCAACACCCAUCUCCCCGCCGACGGGUCCGUGCAGGUCACCGAUGUGACGUCCAUGUUCUCUGGCAUCAACAUUGUUGGGCCGCACGCACAGCAGCUGUUGGCCGACGUCUCGGACUUCCCUACAAAUAAGACGGCCUUCAGGCCGAUGACGACCAACCUGAUAGAUGUGGGUCAUGCCAGUGGGGUGAGGGCCAUGCGCCUGACCCAUACGGGGGAGGAUGGCUUUAUCUUGUAUAUUCCCGCAGAGGUGGGUAUAAUUGUAUAUGUUCUGUUUAAAUAUGAACAAUGGGGUUGAGUGAUGUACUGAUGAGUCAUGAAUUUUCAAUUUUAAGUAUAUCAUAAAAUAUGUCACAAAUUCAGAGAUUAGUAUGCGUUUUCCCCAUGCUUGUAAGUCUUAGUUACAAAUGUCAGUUGAAGAACUCACUAUUUAAUAUCUAUUCUAAUUUUAUUCUUAUUGUAGUAGAAUUAAUCAGUGUCACUUAAAUGAAGAACAAGAUAUAUUGAAACUGACUUUAUGAGUAACAUUUGUGACAUUUCAAAAUUGGCAUCUCUGUAUUUGCUUAUAUUCAUUGACAGGGGACGUUUUAUUACUGGUAUGUCACAGGUUUUUUUUAAAGCUCGCCGUUAUAUGAAUUGUGUGAGGAUUAAUUUAUCUCAUUUUGUACAGUACGCCCUCCAUGUGUACGAUACACUUAUAACUGCCGGCAAAGACUACGGGGUCCGCAAUGCCGGCUACUAUGCACUUCGUCAUCUGAGAAUUGAGAAUUUCUUUGCCUUCUGGGGGCUGGACUUGGAUGACAAGACGUCCCCACUGGAAUGUGGGCGGGGCUUCAGGACAAAACUGGAUGUGGGUUAAAUUUUUUUUUUAUAUGGCUAAAUUGUGUUAGCAGUUCAAAGAGGUGUUACCAUUGAAAAGUGAAUGGCAGUGUGGAGCUUAAAAUAAAAGUUGCGUUCAGUCACAGACUUCUUGCUGGAAUGCUCUGACAGGACUGGGGGAACGGCUCUGUCAGUUUAUUUCAAGAAAAACAUAAUACUGCAUUUGAAUCUUUUGACUUUUGGUGAACAAGGAGGUGGGACAAAAAUCAAGACUCUUUUCACAACAUAUUUUCCUUACUUUCAGAGAUUGUCUCACACUCAGCUUGAAGAUGAUUGAUUUUUGUUUUUUGGUUGUCUCCAUUUUUUUUCUCAAUUUGAUAUUUUAGUUUUACUGGAACUGGCCUACCAAAGAAUUUAUUUUUUGUGAAUUGUUUCUGCUGCAGGAAAAUGAUGACUUUAUCGGCAAGGCUGCUUUGCUGAGAGAGCGCCAGAAUGGGGUCAAACGAAGGUUCACCCAGUUUCUAUUGGAUGACUAUGAUGUCCACAAUGAUUACUGGCCUCUGGGGGGUGAACCCAUCUAUAGGAACGGACACUACGUUGGCAUGACGACGACAUGUGGAUAUGGGUAAGUAAGCCUUCUUUCCAUCUGUCAAAUACUCUCAGCUGUUUGUUUUAAGCCUAGUGUCAAACUGUGUAGCUGACCCUCCGGGUGGAUGGGACCCGUUAACUUUGGAUGGCAACUCAUCUAAGAGAAUGAGACCCGCUAAUGAAACCCGGAGAAGGAGUCCCGUAUCAUCUACUGCAUCCUUGUCUACUUCCAGUUGUAUUGACUAAGUCUUGUCAAUGGAUCAAAUAGACAAAGACAAGAGAGUGAGGCAGACAAAUUGACCAACUCUCCCCCACUUUAAACAAAAUACAGCUCCGGUCAAGUGGAAUAUUGCCUCGCGUGAAGGACGAACAACAAAAGCUGAAAACCUAUCCCUAUCCUUAACUCAUUCCCGACAUUUGCGACUAAAUGCGUCUUUUCGGGAUUCGCCGGAUGCGUCCUAAUGCGUCCCGGCGCAAAGCGACACACCUCUCUCAUAUCUAUUUAAAAAUAGCAAUGAAAUCUCGCAUCCCUCGAGACUUCCGGCGAUGGCGUGGUUCAGCGUGAUUUUAAUUUAAAAACCAGAAGUUUUUAUCUUGUUUCGCUUUAAAACUAUGUGUGCUUUAGUGCGGCGCGUCUAUAUGUAGCAUGUGUUCGUCCGAGGUGCCGAAAAUCGAUUUUUUGGUCAUUGUUCAUUAUUUUUUCCCCGCUAAUGUUAUAUUUAUAUUAAACCUUAUUCAUUUUUUGUUGCAUUUGUUCUUAAUUCAUUAACAUUAAAUAAUAUUUAGUAGCUUAAAUACAUAUAAAAAAAAUCUAAACAAUUUCAAAACGGGGUUACUUCCCUUUCUCAGGCAAAUAAAUUAAAUACUGAAGUAGCAUUGCAGGAGGGAAUGAGUUAACCCUAUCCCUAACCCAAACGUUAUCCCUAACCCUAUCAACCGAAUUCUCCUAGGCCGGAGCUGUCCAAACUGUUUAUGUUAGUGACAGAAUUUACAGCAUUUCCCAACACAGUAAGCACAGCUCACCAGAGUUUAAAAAAAACACCAGCUUCUAACCCUUUACAAGAGAUAGAGGUCAAUUUAUGACAAUGCGCCUGCACACUGUAACUGACACCACUAACGUGUUUUGACACAUGCACACAUGCAGCUGACACGACUGAAGUGCUUUGACACAUUUUACGGUUGACAUCUCUGAAGUGCUUUGACACUUACAUACUGUAACCAACACAGAUGAUGUGUUUUGGCAAACAUACAUAAUGAAGCCGACACCUCUAUCUUGUUUUGAGACACAUACAAGCUAGAGCUGACAUCACCAACAUGUCUUGAGACACAUACAUACUGGAGCUGACAUCACCAACAUGUCUUGAGACACAUACAUACUGGAGCUGACAUCACCAACAUGUCUUGAGGAAAAUACAUACUUCAUCUGACAUCACCAACAUGUCUUGACACACUUUCACACUGCAACAGAUACCUCCAACGUGUUUUCACUCACGUACACAUUUCAGCGGCCCACAGUUUGAAAUGCUCUGUCGCAAGACCUCUGUGCCUUAGUAAGAUAGCUUCUUUCCCACUUCAAAUAUUGUUAUUGCACUGAGCGAUCUCGAUUCAGUUUUUAUGUCUUUAUAUAUAUAUAUAUACUGGGUUCAGAUGCCAACCAAAAUUUACGUUGCUGUGGAAUUUCUCUGUUAUGAAUGUCAUUAAAAAAAAUUUAUUUGCCUGUCAAUGAUUUCAACCAUGCCUUACUGUAGUGAAAGACUAAACUACUGUGAUCAGGACCUGAAGGGAUUCAUGGAUCUAAAUCAGUGGUUCUCAACCUUCCUAAUGCCGCGACCCUUCUAUACAGUUCCUAAUGUUGUGGCGGCCCCCAACAAAAAAAAUCAUUUUCGUUGCUACUUCAUAACUGUACAGUAUAAGUGUUUUCCAAUGGUCUUAGGUGACCCCUUGGAAAGGGUCUUUCGGCCCCCAAAUGGGUUGCGACCCACAGGUUGAGAACCGCUGAUCUAAAUGAUAAACUUAACAUUUUUUUGUGGGGUUGCUUUUCAUUACAAUGACUGGCUAAAUAACUGUUGGCUGUGGUGUCGGUUUCAUUCGGCUUCACCAUGAUAUGCGUAUGUUUAUGAUAACUUUCUCUUGACCAGCUUCACUUUGGAAAAGAUGGUCUGCCUCGGGUUCAUAGGAGAGGCUGACAGCAAUGGAGAAUUUCUGGUCCAGAAGAACAUCAACGAAUGGGUGAUGAGCAAGGGCGCCAAGUAUGAGAUCGACAUCGCAGGGGUGCGGUUCCCAGCCAAGCCAGGAAUUUAUACCCCGAAGAUCACGGUCCAGGCACUGGACCCGCUUUUCGUCCCGGCCCCCGACAGGUCUCAGUUUUUUAAGUCGUGAAACCCUCUUCCUUAACGAACAUGUCGCACAAAAAGCUUUUCUGUACACCUCCUGUGUAUUAGAUUAGACAGAACAUAUGUGUUCUCUUUUCCUUGUAAAUAUGUUCACAGCAGCAAGCAAACCUGGUAACAAUACAAAAAAUAUUAUUAUCAUAUUUAACUAAAUUAUAUUAAUUAUUAAUUUAAUUAAUUAAUAAUUUUUUUAAAAAUUUUCUAUUCCUUAGGGAGCAACAAAUUUUUGUAAGAUAAUGGUUGUCUUUGGGGGUUUUUUUCCCUGUAAAAAAAUUUCAAAUUUAGACUGAAAACUGUUUGACCCACAUACGAAAACUACUGUAAGAUAUAAUCCUCCGAAUUGUGAACUUUACUGGAUAAAUAGACACGAUUUCAAUAAUUUCACUCAAGUUCAAAUUCAACCAUCUUGAUGUGAAUCAACUAUGAGUGUAACUCACGGGUCAACUUGACCAAGAGACCAUCAGUUUUUUGGUGAUUUUUUUUAAACUUUAAUUAUCAGAUCACUUAAGUUAACUGCUUGACAGCUUCAAUGGACUUGUUUGUUGUCCGGUGAAUUGUUCUUAUCUAUUCAACUUUUGUAUGUUCAACAAUUACGUCUGUUAUUAUUCUUGGUUGUUCAGCUUGUAACCAUCACUGAGGAGCUCAUCCAAUGGUGGAGUCCAAGCAAGCAUUCAAUGGGGUACAACUUCUACUUUAAUUAACAGGUUUCUCAGCUUGAGAAAUGACCCUUGAACAAACCGAUAUGUCCAGCUGAUUGUAAGCCAUCAGCAGGCCUCUUGAUGUGCUGACAUCCUUGAAUGUAGCCUUAAGUGAUAGUUUUUUUUUUGUUAUUACAUCUUAAAGAUACCAUUUCCUCUUCUCUGAGAUGUGUUAACAUUCUUAAAUAUAUACUCAAUCAAUAUGCCAUUGAUAGUCUUUCAAGUACACAUCCCUGUACAGAUUAUUACCCCCCCCCCCCCCCACCUUGGCUGUAGCUUGGUCGGAUAUCUUCUUGUGAUAGACUGAACAAAAACAAAUGCCCACAGAGGUAAAAAAUAAUUCAAUAACAAAAUGGUAACUGGAGACCAGAUAUUAUGUAAAUAGCAAAGCAUGGCCGAUUGACUGGCUGUUGGCCGACUGACUGGCUGUUGGCUGACUGACUGGCUGUUGGCCGACUGACUGGCUGUUGGCUCAUGGGAGAUGCAAGGAUUUAUGUGUGAUAGAAUGAUUUGUCAGACCAGUUUUUCUUUUGCUUUCUCUCUCUCUUUCUCUCUCUUUCUCUCUAGAAACCUUUGUGCCCUACAAGGACCAUGAGAGUGAUUGUCAGGUCUAUCAGAAUCCACUACAUUUCUAAAAGCUUCUCACAGGGCCCCUAGCAAUCCCUCACAUGAUCCCUAUCACGCCCACCCCCCCAACCACUUACCCCCCUGGUUGAGAAAUGAUUGGUUAGAAUGCCCAGCUUAAAAGCUCACUGUGUAUCAUGAGAUGUCAAAUAAAUAGUUUUUAGAUUUUCUUUCUUUUUAUUUAUUCUUAUGUUUAUGAACAAUCUGUUUUUUAAUGUAAUGCCC